UUGUGAGCGCGGCCGGCGCUAGAGGAGCCAGACCUCCGGCCUGCGGCGGAGGAGGUGGCAAGGGCUGGCUGGUGCGUGCGUGAGGACAGGCAAACCACCUGGGGAUCCCGCAGAAAACGGGGCCGUGUGGGGAUGUGACGGGGUGUGACAGUGUGAGACCUCGCCACGGUGUGCAACCACAGAUUGUGACUGUGGAAGCGACAGCGAGGAGGACCGUGUGGCCCGUGACGGUGGGAGACCAUGCUACCGUUUGUGACAGCCCGUGGCAGUGUGUAACUGUGUAAAUAGCACACGGGACUCUGUGUAAUGGGAUGAGAUCGUGUCAGUGUGAGACAGCACUGCCUGAGAUUGAGGCUACGGAAUGUGACAUCCAGUGUGGCAGUUUGAGACCUGUGUGUGGAGCCUGUGACAACGUGUGACUCUUUGAGGCUGUGUCACGGCGUGAGACCAGGCCACCAUGUGUGAGCAGCCCUGAGAGUGAAGCUGCGGGGGAUGCAUGUGACACUGACACCCUACUUUCUCAGGAUACUGUCCUCCCAUAGAGGAAUUUGAAAGAGGAGGACAGAACUGUCAUAAAUCCUUAAAAUCUUAAAGCCAUGUCCAAGGAUUUGGUCACCUUCGGGGAUGUGUCUAUAAAUUUCACUCAAGAGGAGUGGGAAUGGCUGAACCCUGUGCAGAGGAAUUUGUACAGGAAGGUGAUGUUGGAGAACUAUAGGAGCCUGGUAUCACUGGCAGGAGUUUCUGUUUCUAAGCCGGAUGUGAUCUCAUUACUGGAACAAGGAAAAGAGCCCUGGAUGAUGAAGGAAGGAACAGGAGACGUAUGCCCUGAUUGGGAGGAUGUAUUUAAAACCAACGAAUUUUCAUCAGAGCAAGAUAUUUAUGAAGAAUCAGCCAAAGUAGUGACAAUGGGAAGAAGCCGUCUUAGUUAUACCCUUGAUUACCCCAAUUUGAAAGAAAAUUGUGAAAUUGAGGACUGGUUUGAGAACAAGUUGGGAAGUCAGGAGGUACAUUCUAGUCAGUUGAUCAUCAAGCAUAAAGAAAUCCUUCCUAAAGAUCAAAGUAAUAAAUAUAAUAAGUCUUGGCAAACAUUCCAACAUGAUGCAAUAGUAGAUAUAAAACAGAAUUUCCCUACAAAAGAAAGAGCAUGUAAACAUGAAUCACAAAAGAGAAGUUACCGGAAAAAGUCUAUUGAAAUGAAAUACAAGAAGGUUUAUGUAGAAAAGAAACUUUUGAAAUGUAACGAAUGUGAGAAAGUCUUUAACCAGAGCUCAUCCCUUACUCUUCAUCAGAGAAUUCACACUGGAGAGAAACCCUAUGCAUGUGUUGAAUGUGGGAAAUCCUUCAGCCAGAGUGCAAACCUAGCUCAACACAAAAGAAUACAUACGGGGGAGAAGCCUUAUGAAUGUAAAGAAUGUAGGAAAGCCUUCAGUCAAAAUGCACACCUUGCUCAACAUCAGAGAGUUCAUACUGGAGAGAAACCUUAUCAGUGUAAAGAAUGUAAAAAAGCCUUCAGUCAGAUUGCACAUCUUACUCAGCACCAGAGAGUUCAUACAGGAGAGAGACCUUUUGAAUGUAUUGAAUGUGGAAAGGCCUUUAGUAAUGGUUCGUUUCUUGCCCAACAUCAAAGAAUUCAUACAGGAGAGAAACCUUAUUUGUGUAAUGUGUGUGGAAAAGCCUUCAGCCAUCGUGGAUACUUAAUUGUACAUCAGAGAAUUCAUACAGGAGAACGACCCUAUGAAUGUAAAGAAUGUAGAAAAACCUUCAGCCAGUAUGCACACCUUGCCCAACAUCAGAGAGUUCAUACUGGAGAGAAACCUUAUGAAUGUAAAGUAUGUAGGAAAGCCUUCAGCCAGGUUGCAUACCUAGAUCAACAUCAGAGGGUUCAUACUGGGGAGAAACCCUAUGAAUGUGUUGAAUGUGGGAAAGCCUUUAGCAACAGUUCAUCUCUUGCACAGCAUCAGAGAAGUCAUACUGGAGAAAAACCCUAUAUGUGCAAGGAAUGUCGGAAAACAUUUAGCCAGAAUGCAGGCCUUGCUCAGCAUCAGAGAAUUCACACAGGAGAGAAACCUUAUGAAUGUAAUGUGUGUGGGAAAGCCUUCAGCUAUAGUGGAUCUCUUACUCUACAUCAGAGAAUUCAUACUGGAGAGAGACCCUAUGAAUGUAAAGAUUGCAGGAAAUCUUUCAGGCAACGUGCACACCUUGCUCAUCAUGAGAAAAUUCAUACUAUGGAAGCAUUACUGACCUUCUCGUCUCCCUCACCUUCCCCAUCCAAUCAGUUGCCAAGACCUGUAGGUUUUAUCUCCUAAAUCUGUCCAUAAUCUGAUCCCAUUAAUCUGUUUGCAUUUCAUCAUCUUUGCCCAAUAUACAUUAUUUAACUUA